AUGGCAACAGCCUCGUCUUCUUCGAUUCUCUCGUCGCCGUCAUCUUUUGUGACGGCGCAUGAUGCUACACUUGAUAAAUCCACGGCCGCCAGUAGCCCUGUUCAUGAGAACCCAUGUCCCUAUCGCGAUGCGCGACAACUGCCCCGCGACUUGAAGGCGCAUUGCCAGAUUUUACUCGAAGAACAGCUGUAUGGCUCCGCGAUAAAUCUCCUCAACAGCAUUGCCGCCUCCGGUAUAUCCAAACACACUCGCUCGAAGAAGCACGUCCUUGUCCCUCCUCCAAGCCAUCUGGCUCUAUUGAAUACUCUUGUUAUUCAUCCUCUCCACACUACCCGUGCGGAGAAAAAAGACCAGCGCGACGUUGCCUCACAAGCUCUCGACUAUUUGCACAAUAUUCUUCGAGUUGCCGGUCCCGUUAAUGCCGAUCUUAGAACAGCCUUCCAAUUCAACUCUACACCACGCUCAGGUCGCCGCUGGGAUCAAUAUGGACCGGGAAACGAUAGUGAUAUAUCAGAUGCGGAAUCAAACGGCGACGAUGAUCGACUUCGAGGCAAACUUGCCAACGAUGGUAGCAUAUGGGACCGUGGACAAGACUUUUGGUCAACCCUUGGUUGGGCACUCAACUGCAGCACUUUAUAUCCAAAGCGAUGGCAAUACUGGAAAGUCUGGCUAGAGUUUAUGUUGGAUGUCUUGGAGGCCGACUGGAACGAGCGCGAGCGAUGCGACAAGGAGGCGCAAUUAGCCAAUGGCCCAGAGAGCGAACUACCUCGUACGUCACGCAAUGAAUCUAUCAUUGUGAUGUACAUGGAGCAACAAAACGGGCGACAAAGUGGAGCUAAAGGAUUCGUCAAAGCCAUAUUUGCUGACGGAGGCGAGAUAUCGUCGUCUGCCUUUCGCGAGGUUUUUGAUAAGGAACCCAGAGGCCCCAGCAAGACGUCUAAGAAACGAAAGCGGGAGCAGGUGCUGGACCUGGAAAACGACAAAUUUGGUGACUACUUUGAUGAUGAAUCAAUCUCUUCGGGAGUUUCCGAACCACCAACGCCGCAGAAGCCCAAGGACACGCGAAAACUCGGCACAGCGGGUGUACACUCGCAAGGGCUGGUCGAGUCUGUCGACAUACGCCUUCGUCUAUUCAGAUUACUUUCUGCGGUGACAUGGUCACUUCGAAAGCCUUCCGAGCUUCAUCGUUUGUAUGAGGAGUAUACGGCCUCCCUCAAACUUCUCCCGCUCCCUAUGUUUACUCUCUUUGCGUGCCAGAGACCAAAUCCACUUCUACCCGAAGCACAUAUUACUAUCACCAAAGAAUUAUUCGAUUUGCUCCUACCAUCAUCAUACAAAGAUCCUUCAAAGGUUGACCCAGAAGGUGACGCGGAGGGUAGUUUGACCUUGCCAAUGUUGGAAGAGUGUUUUGUCCCUCAUCCGGCGAAUACCGUGGCUCUGGAAGACAACGCGAAAUUAUCCCUAGUCGUUGAAGACGCUAUGCAACUUCUCUGGGCAUGCGAUCUAAUGGUUUAUUCUGAAGAGUUUGAAGAGGCUGUUGAGACGGGCAUCAAAGCUCGAGAAGCAAAAGCAAAGAAGCGGCGUACUGGGAAGGUCAAGGGUGAUGAAGCCGACGCUCUCGCGCAAGAGAUCCUGACUAAUUCAGGUGAAAGAAUUCGGCUGUUUUUGGAAGUUUUAAAAGCUUCUCAGGAAGCGGAGUCGUGA